CAGAAUCCUGGGGGGAGGGGCGCGCGGAGGGAUGGACCGUGCUUUGGGACCAGCUGCUCCCGCGCUGCCUCCACGCCGCCUCCACGCUGCCUCGGGCUGGAGGCGGCCUGGAGGCCUGGGGGUCCUUUGAGCCCCUCGCGCUGCGGCCCUGAGCUUCCCCACCCCCCACACAGCGCCUGGGAAAGGGGCCGGGGCCGUGCGUGGGAGGGGCUGCAGGCCGGUGGAGAGCAGGAGGGGCGGGGAGCGGGAGACUGCCCCCGGUACCUCGGCGCGCGCUUCUGCGGGUGCGCUGCCCGAUGUCCGGGAGCUGUGUCAGCCUCGCCGAGGGACCGAGCUUCUGGAGGCAGAACCCCAGUGCUCGCCCCAGAGUGACACAUAGUAGGUGCUUAAUAAAGGAUUGAGUAGGCGUAAGGAUUGUGGGGGGGUAACAAUGAGAGGGAAGCACCACAGACGCUGGAAGUGUGACUCCCUGAAACCUCCGUUCCAGGAAAAUGGGCACAGGAGCCCAGCUCUCAGUGGGGCUGGGGGUGGGGCCUGGGGGAGUCUUCCCUGCAAAGGUGGGUAUGGAGAAGCUGCCGCUCCAGCCCUCUGGGCGUAUGGAGUCUGGAGUGUGUCCUGGUCAGACAGACCUGGGGUUGGGUGUGGUCAGAGUCCCGGAGGUGAGGCCAGGGAUGCCCAGUCCCCCCGGGUUUUUUUGGGUCCCUGUGUUCAACUGUAAAAUGAAGAGAUUAGAGUGUAUUCAUCUCUUUCAACUCUUCAGGUUCCACGAUUCUGUGCUUCUAAUCCGUUUUGAACUUGCAUUUCUUUUAUUUAAAUGUUCCUUUAUGUAAGUUUUUAUUAAUGGUUUACAGCAAGUGGGACCCUGUGCUGUGUGUUGGUGAGAGAGAAACACUCCCUGUGCUAAGAUGUUAUCAUCUUGUUGUGGAGACAAAUUAUUAUUACACCAUGUAGAUGGCACACAGGUUAAAUGGGGAAGGGCCAUGUGUGAGCCUGGCGUGUCCAAAAAGGCUCCCUGGUCAAAGCAACCCCUGCUCUGGGCUGGGCAGAAAAGAGUUGGGUGAGAGUGUCCCAAGACCCAUCCCAAGCAUGUGGAGACAUGGUAAGAUCGGGAGCUGCACGUUAGAACAAUGGGGCAGCAGAGAGAGGAGAUGGGCUGGUGAUGAAGAUCAAGCAGGAGAAGCCAGAGUGGCUGCUGCAGACGCUGGUGCCACAGGCCGUGCUUUCCGAGAAGGAUAAGGAAAACAUUUUCCAGCAGCGUCGCGGCCUCCCGCCAUGCCAGACCACCGGGAAGCCUCGGGCCUUGGGGGGACAGGAGGAGACUGGGGGUCCCAGGUGGGCCCCUCCCACUGAGCAGGUCGCGGGGCUGGCAGGCCAGGCUCUUUCUGCCGGUGAGGGUCAUUUUGUGUGCCUGGACUGCGGAAAGAGGUUCAGCUGGUGGUCGUCCCUGAAGAUCCACCAGCGCACCCACACCGGGGAGAAGCCCUACCUGUGCGGCAAGUGCGGCAAGAGCUUCAGCCAGAAGCCCAACCUGGCCCGCCACCAGCGGCACCACACGGGCGAGCGGCCCUUCUGCUGCCCGGAGUGCGCGAGGCGCUUCAGCCAGAAGCAGCACCUGCUCAAGCACCAGAAGACCCACUCUCGGCCGGCCACCCACUCCUGCCCCGAGUGUGAGCGCUGCUUCCGCCACCAGGUGGGCCUCCGCAUCCACCAGCGCGCGCAUGCGCGGGACCGCCAGGGCGCCCGCCCCGGGCUGCAGGAGCUGCCCCGCGACGCUGCGGCCCGCAAGGGCUGUCGCCUGCUUCCAGGGCCGCCGCGGGGGCGCCCCGAAUGGGCCUGGCUGGGGCUCUGCCAGGGCUGGUGGCGCCAGCCCGGGACGCGGACCGUAGUCCCCGCCGCCGCAGGCCCGGGCGAGCAGCGCCAGUUCAUCUGCAACGAGUGCGGCAAGAGCUUCACGUGGUGGUCCUCGCUGAACAUCCACCAGCGCAUCCACACGGGCGAGCGGCCCUACCCGUGCCCCGAGUGCGGCCGCCGCUUCAGCCAGAAGCCCAACCUGACGCGCCACCUGCGUAACCACACAGGCGAGCGGCCGCACCCCUGCCUGCACUGCGGCCGCAGCUUCCGCCAGAAGCAGCACCUGCUCAAGCACCAGCGCACGCACCUGCCUGGUGCCCAGGCGGCCGCCUGCCCCAACUGUGGCCAGAGCUGCCCUAGCCGCGCGGCGCUGCGGGCCCACCAGCGCGCGCACGCCGCCGCCGUCCGGCCGAGGGCCGAGGAGCCCCCGGCGCUGUCGCCGCCGCGCAGCCACCAGCCGGCCGGCGGGGCUGGGGACGUGCAGUGGGGCCGCGCGCGUGCGGGCCUGGCCGCGCCCGGCGAGCAGCGCCAGUUCAUCUGCAACGAGUGCGGCAAGAGCUUCUCGUGGUGGUCGGCGCUCACCAUCCACCAGCGCAUCCACACGGGCGAGCAGCCCUACCCGUGCCCCGAGUGCGGCCGCCGCUUCAGCCAGAAGCCCAACCUGACGCGCCACCGGCGCAACCACACGGGCGAGCGGCCCUACCUGUGCGCCGCCUGCGGUCGCGGCUUCAGCCAGAAGCAGCACCUGCUCAAGCACCAGCGCGUUCACCGGGGCGCCCUGGCGCCCGGUCCCAGCCCCAAGGACGGGGCGCGUUAGUGCUCCUGGACCCAGCGGCCGCGGCCAGGGCUUGUGGGGGCUGGGGAAUGGCCCGGAAUGGUGGCUUUCAGAGCCCCGGGGUAGACCCUGGCAAAAGGAUUCAGAAGGCCAGAGAACAGAAUUCCAGAGGCGUCCUAAAGGGGGCCCGUCAAAGGUCCCAGGGCAGGCUGAGGAGGUAAGAAGCCUCCUUACCCCGGAGCCUGGGAGUGUGGUCUGUAUACCCCCGGAGAAUGGGGGCUCAGGCCUCAGCACCCAGUGAGGGGAGGGGCUGACGGGGCCCCCGGGGAGGCUCCCUGGAGUGGAGAGACCCAGGUCUGGGCUGCAGCUGUAGCACCAGCCUCUCACACUCAGACUGCAGGAUGUUAGGGGCCAGUCCUGGUGGGAGAGAUGCAACAGACUGGUGCCAAGGAUGCAGCCAGCAGCUGUGGCUGAGGAGGAGUGAGCAUAUUCACAGCACCAAAGACAGUGCCUGGCAGGUAGUGGCCAUUUAAUUCAUACAUGCUUUUGGAGGGUGUGAAUGGCUCGACUGUCCUGAACCGUGAGUGCCCCACUGCCCAGGGUGCUGUCAUGGUGGGCCCAACUGUACAACCGAUAUGUGUGUGACGAUUGGACUGAGACCCAAAGGGUGGGCACAGCUGAGUUUGGGUAGCUUGGGGAGGGACCUGUAGCAAGAGAGAGCCCUCUGUGCCACUCCUACUCAGGUCCAGGGGCAUUCCUGGUCCGUGGACCAGGUGGCUGACUGUCACCGACCUGGAUCAUUGUCAAUACUGGUGUUGCAGAAGAGAAAAAUAAAGGAGCGACUAUCUCA